AUGGAGGUGACUACGGUCUGGAUGAGAAGGACAUGGAGGCGUCGGUAGCCACAGUGCGGUCGCUGUGCGAACAGAUUGAGGCUGACCUGAUCUUGUUGAGAGAGAGGGCAGACACCGGCGGAAAGAUUCGGGACUACCUCAUCCGCCGGCGUGUGGGCGAGCAGGAUUUCCUGGAAGUCAGAGUGGCGGUGGUGGGGAACGUGGAUGCGGGGAAGAGCACUCUGCUGGGGGUUUUGACCCACGGUGAGCUGGACAAUGGCAGAGGCUUUGCUCGCCAGAAGCUCUUCAGGCACAAACAUGAAAUGGAGAGUGGCAGGACCAGCAGCGUGGGCAAUGACAUCCUGGGUUUUGAUCAGGAGGGACAGGUGGUGAACAAGCCAGACAGCCACGGCGGCGGCCUAGACUGGACCAAGAUCUGCGAGAAAUCCUCAAAAGUCAUCACUUUUAUUGACCUCGCUGGCCAUGAAAAGUACCUCAAGACCACAGUCUUCGGCAUGACGGGACACCUGCCUGAUUUCUGCAUGCUCAUGGUCGGCAGUAACGCUGGCAUCGUUGGCAUGACCAAAGAGCAUCUGGGUCUGGCUCUGGCCCUAAAUGUGCCAGUUUUUGUAGUUGUUACCAAGAUAGACAU